AUGGCCAGCGUGCAGCAGGGCGAGAAGCAGCUCUUUGAGAAGUUCUGGCGAGGCACCUUCAAAGCCGUAGCCACACCGCGACCCGAGAGCAUCAUCGUGGCCAGUAUCACUGCCCGCAAGCCGCUGCCCAGUGGGACACUCAGCUGCCUGCCCUACCCUGCAGAGGACAGAUCUCCUGAAAAGCUGUGUGGGCAUGUGGUCAGGGAGGCCUCUGCCACCAAUGGCUGUGCCAAAGGGAAGGAGAGGAGAGACCAUCAGCGCAGGUCACGCAGCCCCUCGGGCGAUGGCGAGCGCACGCCGCUGCCCGCACGCACCAAGAAGAAGAAGAAGAAGUCUGGCCGCAAGAAGAGGAGGAGGUCUCCCUCCUACAGCCCCUCGCCUGUGAAGAAGAAAAAGAAGAAGAAAAGCUCCAAGAAGCGAAAAAGAAACAGGUUAUCCUCAAAGAAGAGAAGACACAGUUCUUCAAGCCCCAAAAGUAAGAGAAAGGAAGAAAGAAAACACAAAAAACACUCCCGUGGGCGCAGCCGGAGGUCCCAGCGCCAUCGCCAGCGCCGCUGCCCCUCUCGCUCACAGAGCUCUGACUCCCGCUCCUCCGGCUGCCACAGCAGGCACAGAGGCAGGUCUCAGGAGGAAGGGCACAAAACACGCCGAAGGCACUCCCGGCACCGUUCAAAGCUCGUGGCGAGGCGAAGCUCCUCUGCAGAGGUUCAGGCCAGCCAAAAAGCCAACCAAACCCUCCGGCUCUCCAGCUUCCUGACUCCCAAGGAAGUAAUCUCUCAGUCAGGGUCUUCUGCUGAACUCUUUACCAAAACAGACAGCCCGCCUGGCAACCUAGCCAGCCAGAAUGGAGAGUAUCAUGAAUAUGACUCAGGAAACGAUACUUCCUCCCCUCCCUCCACUCAAACCAGCUCAUCCAGGUCAAAGGACAGCCAGGAGAAAAGAAGUCUAGUCCAUGAUGGCUUUGGCCAUGCCUUCUCGUCCGGGAAGUCCAAACUGGCCAACAGCGAUAACAGCUCUGAUUCAGGAAAUUCCUUCACCAGUUGCUUUUCCCACACCAAGGGAACAGCUUUGGACAAUCUGUCUCCAGAUGCCCAGGGACAAGACUGCAGAGGGUGCCUGUCUUUGUGUCUCAGCUGUUCAGAGGAGAAGCAGCGAAGCUCCUUCCCGUCAGCCAGCCCCAGCUCUCCGCUGAGGCCAUGCUCCCGCAGCCAGUCCUACAGCAGCACGGGCACAUCCUCGCCCAGCUCCAGCCGCUCCCGCUCCUCCCACGAGCCCUCCCCCAGGUACUCCCGAAGCAGGUCCUGCUCUUCAGCCAAGAGGUCUUCUUCACGUUCCCCCAGCUAUUCCUCCAAAUCCUGCAAAAAAAGCCCUGGGAGCAGAAGCUCAAGGCCUCGUCGGAGCCCCAGUUACUCCCGCUACAGCCCUGGCAGGGACCGUGAACGAGAGCACAAGUACGGCUCCAGCGAGAAGGAGGCGCCGAGGGAGCGCGACCGGCGGCGGCAGCGACGCUCCUAUUCCCCGCUGAGGAAGCGCAGGAGAGACUCUCCCAGUCACCUGGAAGCUCGGCGCAUCACCAGUGCCCGCAAGCGCCCCAUCCCCUACUACCGGCCCAGCCCCUCCUCCUGCAGCAGUGCCAGCAGCUAUUCCUCCUGGUACAGCAGCGUCAGCCGCUCCCCCAGCCGCAGCCGCAGCCACGGCAGCUACCGGACGAGCCGGAGCAGGAGCUGGAGCAGCAGCAGCGCCGAGGGCAGGAGCCGCAGCCGGAGCUCGGGCCCCAGGAGCAGCGGCAGCUCUGACUCAGGAGGCAGCUCCGACAGCCUGCGUCGUUAG